AAGGACUAUAAAACAUAUCGGGAUGUUCUCAUUUCUUGGAUGGAUCUCCCAAAACACCAUCAUCGAGGAAUCCUACUUGGUUACAAAAUAAAAUUAGUUGGUGAAAUCGAAUCAUCAGACGAUCCUGAAAAUUUCCAGGUUCCAGCCAAUAAAACAACAUUUCUGAUACAUGGAUUGAAGAAGCGUCUUAAUUAUACAGCAUAUAUCACGGCUUACAAUGCCAUGGGUGCUACAGAGCCCUCAGCGAUCCUUAUUCCAGUGUCUGACGAUAACCCCGAAUCAGAAAAUUGGUAUACCUACAUUAUAAUACUUGUUUCUGUUGUCAUGGUUCUGUUGCUAAGCCGCUUAUGUUGGCUGAAAGUUAAAAAGUUCAAGGAACACAUGGAACCUUUUCCAGAACCACACAUCUUCAAG